AUGGUGGACUCGAAUUAUAAAUUUAUUGUUGUUGACAUUGGUUCCUUCGGAAAAGAAGGCGAUAGUGGUAUUUUUUUGAAGUCAAAUAUGGGACAAAAAAUUUUAAAUGGGACAUUUUUAUUUCCAGAAAAAUGUCAACUUCCGGGAUCAGAUAAGGUAGCACCCCAUGUAAUUGUAGGUGAUGAGGCUUUUCGCUUACAUAAACAUAUUUUGAAACCAUAUACGAGAAAAUCUGCCAGAGAAAAUCCUUUAGAAGGUGUGUUUAAUUACAGACUAAGUCGUGCUCGAAGAGUUACCGAAAAUGCUUUCGGAUUGCUAAGCCAAAUUUUCAGAAUAUUUUAUCAGCCAAUUAACUUAGAAACGACUACAAUCGACGAUCUAAUUUGGGUAACCUGCUGUCUAAAUAAUAUGUUACGUGAUGGGUACUUGGAAAAAAAUAAACGACCAUUCUUCGAUUACGAUACCGAACAACUACCACCAACUGACAAUUUGAUGCCACUUUCUCGACGAGGAGGGUUAUCAAAUAUUGAAGGAUUUGAAGUUAGAAAUUUGUUUAAAGAAUUUUUUAAUAAUGAAUGGGCUGUUUCUUGGCAAACAAACUCUUAA